AUGGAGAGUGAAGUGGAUUCGGGCGGAAAGCGCCAGGGUGGAUGUAAGUGGGAAAAAUACAAGUCUCGCUUCAACUUGUGCAAUAUUUGCAUAAAAAACCUCUACUUGUUCAAACUGGGCCUAGCUCCGCAAAUACAGGACCUGUAUGGCAAGGUGAAUUUUACAGAGGAGGAGAUCAAUAACAUGAAAACCGAGCUGGAGAAAUAUGGGAUACAGAUGCCUUCGUUCAGUAAGAUUGGUGGCAUUCUGGCCAAUGAGCUGUCAAUUGAUGAAGCAACAGUGCAUGCCGCGGUGAUCGCCAUUAAUGACGCUAUUGACCGAGGGCUUGCAGCACAGACCAUGGUGGCGCUCCACAAUCCAAAUGCCAUGCUGGUGAACCUUGUCGAUGGCUUAGCCCUGGUUUACCAGGAAAUGCUGCACCAAGCCAAGAGUGAGAAGGCUGCCAAUGCCAGGAACCGAGCGAAUGCGUGCAAAUCAGAGCCCGCCGAGUACAAGGAUGUGUAUGAGGAACUCUUGACGCAAGCUGAGAUUCAAGGCAAUGUUAAUAAAGUCAAUGUGCACGCUGCUCUGGAGUAUGUCGAUGAGGCAUUGGAGAAGAGAGAUGUGCAGGCUCUACACUCCGCGCUACAGAGAGAGGCUUUAGCCCUUCACGAAGUUAACCGGGAGAACACAGAGUGGUAUAUGGAGCAGCUCAUCAUUGACCGAGAGCAGAAAGCACUGGAGCUGGGGAUGAUGGAGCCGCUAGAGAAGGAGGAGCUCCAGGCAGCUGUUGAUGCAGCUAACGAAAACUCCAACGUACAUCUGUGCAUGAUGCAGGCUGUGUCACGGAUUAACGCAGCCGUGCGUAAGGGGGUCCCUGAUGAGACGCUGAAGGAACUGAUGAACUCGAACGCCAAGCUCCCAGAUGUCUACCUCUUUGCUGCCGGACUUUACCAGAGGGAGCUGACCGCCCUGCAGCAGCAGAAACCACAGGGCGAGUUGACCCAAGAGGAGCUGUACAUUGCUGUGGAGAUGCUCUCGGCUGUGGCACUGAUCAAUCGUGCCCUGGAAGCUGGUGAUUUCGGUGCAUUCUGGAAGCACCUGAUCAGUGCGGCCACAGGCCUGACUGACAUACAGGAUUGCUGUGCCCAACGGUACUUUGCUGAGCUGACGAUUCUCAAGCAACAAGGUCAAAGAAAUGGGGUGGCGAUGCUGUCCUGGAACGACCUGCAAAUGUGUUUGCAUGAUGUGAACUUCGCUGUUGAAAAGGAGCAUGACAGAAUUGUUGCAAUUGGUUUGAUAAAUGAAGCUCUGGACCGGAACGAUCCUGAGAGGACCAUAGCAGCGCUCCUAAUGCCAUCAGCUGGCCUAGCCGACUUGGACUUCCCGGCUGCCAAGCGCUACCAUGAUGUACUGGCAGCGGCAAGGCGGCAAAAGGCGAAGGACACGCGGGAUGAGGCAGUGGUGCUCUGGAUCGAGGAAAUUCAGGAUGGGAUUCACAAGGCCAACCAGGAUGGGCAGGCUGCAAGGAAAAUGUCUUUAGGGAUAGCAGCCAUUAAUCAGGCAAUCAAGGAGGGUGUUGCAUCUCAAACACUGAGGGUUCUGCGCUCACCAAGUGUGGCUCUGUGCAGUGUCGUUCCAGAAUGUGCCUCCACCUACCAAUCUGAGUUGGCCACGUUGAUGCAAAUUAAAGUGGAGAUGGGAGACAACCAGAGCUGUUGGGUGAAGCACAAGCUGAAGGACGAUUCGGUGUACUACUUCAACCUGGAGACCCUCGAGGGCAGCUGGGAGAGACCCAGGGGAUUUGUGCAGAGCUCCACACAGAUCAGCAGGGAAGAGAUCCAGGCUACUGUAACCGGAGUGACAGCCGUUUAUAAUCGAGAGAGACUCUGGAAGGCUAACGAGGGCAUGAUCACAAGGCUUCAGGCCCACAUGAGGGGUUAUCUCAUUCGGAAGGAUCUCUGCGCUCGCAAACACUUCCUCCAAAAACAGCUGCCAGCCAUCGUAAAGAUCCAGUCGCACUGGAGAGGUUACAGACAGCGGAGAGAUUACCAGAAGAGGCUUCAUCACUUUCAAGACAACGCAGAUGCUGUGAUUAAGAUUCAGUCCUGGGUGAGGAUGUGGCAGGCAAAGAGGAGAUAUAGGGCAAGGCUGCAGCACUUCAAGAACAAUAUUGCUUCGGUGGUGAAGAUCCAGGCUUUUGCCAGAGCCAACAAGGCCAGAGGAGACUACAGGCUCUUGGUCCAUGCCCAGAACCCUCCGCUGAGUGUGGUUCGGAAGUUUGCUCAUCUCCUGGAACACAGCGACCAUGACUUCCGUGAAGAGUGGGAACUGAUGCGACUGCGCGAGGAAGUGGUGCAGCACAUCCGUUCCAAUCAACGCCUGGAGCAGGACCUCAACAUCAUGGACAUUAAGAUAGGGCUGCUGGUGAAGAACAGAAUAACCCUGCAGGAAGUGGUUUCCCACUGCAAGAAACUCACCAAGAAGAACAAGGGUCAGCUGGCAGACUUGAUGGUGAUCGACAAGCAGAAGGGACUGAAGGCUCUCAGCAGAGAGAAGCGGGAGAAACUUGAGGCAUAUCAGCAUCUCUUCUACCUCCUGCAGACAAAGCCAGUGUAUUUGGCCAAGCUGAUUUUCCAGAUGCCCCAGAACAGAUCGACCAAGUUUAUGGAUUCUGUCAUAUUCUCGCUGUACAACUACGCAGCUAACCAGAGAGAGGACUACCUGCUGCUACGUCUGUUCACCACUGCUCUUCGAGAGGAAAUUAAAUCAAAGGUUGACCAGGUCCGUGAGAUCGUCACUGGCAACCCCACCGUGACCAAGUUGGUGGUGAGUUUCUACCGGAAUGUCCGUGGUCAGAACGCCUUGCGGGAGAUCUUGGGGCCUGUCGUCAAGGAGAUUCUGCAGGAUAAAUCCCUGAGCAUCAAGACUGACCCAGUCGAUACUUACAAGAGCUGGGUGAACCAGAUGGAAACUGAAACUGGGCAGAGAAGCAAAUUGCCGUACGAGGUGACUCCAGAACAAGCCCUGACCCACCAUGAGGUCCAGCGGAGGCUGGACAUAUCCAUUCACAAUCUCCGGGCUGCCACUGACAAAUUCCUCGCUGCCAUUGUCUCCGGCAUGGACAAGAUACCGUACGGAAUGCGAUAUACUGCCAAAGUGUUGAAAAACUCACUGUAUGAGAAGUUUCCAGGUGUUACUGAAGACGAAUUGUUAAAGAUCGUCGGGAACCUGCUUUACUAUCGCUACAUGAAUCCUGCGAUUGUGGCCCCGGAUGGCUUCAAUAUCAUUGAUGUCAGUGCAGGAGGUGGGCUGCACACGGACCACCGCCGCAACCUGGGCUCCAUCGCAAAACUGCUGCAGCACGCUGCCUCCAGCAAAACCUUCGAAAGAGAGACUGGUCAGCUCCGCACCAUGAAUGACUAUUUGUACCACUCCCAGCAACGAUUCAGGGAGUUUUUCCGCGCAGCCUGUGACGUUCCUGAACCUGAGGAAUGGUUUAAUGUGGAUGAGUAUUCUGAAAUGGUCAGCCUUAACAAGCCAGUUAUCUACAUAACAGUCGGCGAGCUGAUUAACACUCACAAGUUGCUGCUCCAGCAUCAGGAUUCGCUCUUGGCUGAAUGCAGUGACCCUCUUCAUGAGCUGUUAAAGGACCUUGGUGAUGUACCCACAGUCGAAUCACUUCUAGGUGAAGGUUCUGUCGAUGCGAACGACCCCCAUGCUGACCAAACCAUGGCCCAGCUCAACAAGAUGGAGGUCUCACUAACGCUCACCAACAAAUUUGACAUCUACAAGAGCAGUGGUGAUGGGGCAGACAACACCAGAGGUUUGCUGCUCAGCACUAAACAGCUAAUCGUGGACAUAAUCAGAUCGCAAGCUGGAGACACAUUGGUUGAAAUAUUACAGACGUCUGCCUCAACAGAUCAGGUGGCAGACCACCACCGCCUUGUUCAGAGGCGAGCGCUGCGAGACGCGCGCACUCCCGAGAAACUGAAGCGAAACCAGUCCCUGGUCCACGACGGCAAGCUGUCAAUUGAGGAGAAGAAGAGGAAAAUUGUCCGGAGCCUGAGGAUGCUGGAAGCUGCUGGAGUCAUUUCUGCAGCCAAUGGCUACCAGCAACUUGUCAAUGAGAUUGCCAGGGACAUCCAAAAUCAGCGGCGCUACAGGCAGCAGCGCAAGGCUGAGCUGGCCAAGCUGAGAGAGACACUGCACAGAAUGAAUUCCAAGACUGCCUUUUACGAGGAGCAGAUCGACUACUACAACCGGUACAUCAAAACCUGCUUGGAUAACCUGGCCACCAACGGGCAGGGCCUGGGGAAGAAAGCUGCAGCGAGCAAAGGAAAGAAAGCUAAAGCGCCAUCCCUGAACUAUACUGCAGCACACCUGCGAGAGAAGGGCGUGCUGUUGGAGAUCGAAGACCUGCCCAUCAGCCAAUUCAGGAAUGUGAUUUUUGACAUUGUGCAGAGCGAGGAGGUGGGAACCUUUGAUGUAAAGGCUCGGUUCAUGGGUGUGGACAUGGAAAAGUUCCAACUCAAAUACCAGGACCUUCUCCAGCUGCAAUAUGAAGGAGUGGCAGUGAUGAAGAUGUUCGACAAAGCCAAGGUCAACGUCAACCUCCUGAUCUUUCUGCUCAACAAGAAGUUCUUCAAGAAGUGAUGGAGUACGGGCCCGUCUCUGCCAAUGUGGGAGCACUCCUGUAUCGCAAAAUUUAAGCUUUGCGUUUCUGCUGUGCAGACGCAAUCAGCAAUCAACACUAAGUAGCAGCGCAGCAUAGUACCUACAAAAGUGUUCCUGUACAUUUAUUUAUAUUACACACUUCAGAUCAAACUGAGACUCAAUUACUGGUGGGAAUCUAGCUUCUCAUUGGCACAACUCCUCCUGGAAUUGGGCUCCUUAGUGAAAGGUUCACUGUAGGAUCUGGUGGUUCAGAGCCCCUCACUUGCAGGUGCUGAGCACAGAAGCAGAAACAUCUCAGAUCUCAUUUUCUCAUCUCCCAUUGCUUGCACUGGCCCUGGCGGAAAGGUAUUUCCCCCAACAUGUCCAGAGCGCUGGUGAUGGUGGAAUGCUUUGC